UCUUUCCCUCCAUAGAAACACAAUCCCCUUCUUUCUGUCUUCACUCAUUCAUCAUGGCACUAGUCAACACAAUCAGCAUUUUCACCACCUUGACCCUCCUCCUUCUCCUUCUCCCAACUUCAAUCCAAGCCAAAAUCCCCGGCGUCUACCCCGGCGGUGCAUGGCAGACCGCUCACGCAACCUUCUACGGCGGCAGCGACGCCUCCGGAACAAUGGGAGGAGCAUGUGGGUAUGGCAACUUGUACAGCCAAGGCUACGGCGUGAACACGGCGGCGCUGAGCACUGCUCUGUUCAACAACGGUCUCAGCUGCGGCGCGUGCUUUGAACUCAAGUGUGCGAAUGAUCCUAGCUGGUGCCACGCCGGCAGCCCUUCUAUUUUCGUGACCGCCACAAACUUCUGCCCUCCUAACUUCGCUCAAGCUAGUGACAAUGGAGGGUGGUGUAACCCUCCUAGGCCCCACUUCGACCUCGCCAUGCCUAUGUUCCUCAAGAUCGCUCAGUACCGCGCCGGCAUCGUCCCCGUCUCUUACCGCCGGGUACCAUGCAGGAAGCAAGGAGGGAUAAGGUUCACGAUCAACGGCUUCCGUUACUUCAACCUGGUUCUGAUCACCAACGUCGCAGGAGCAGGGGAUAUCGUGAGGACUAGCGUGAAAGGUUCAAAAACCGGGUGGAUGAGUAUGAGCAGAAACUGGGGUCAGAACUGGCAGUCAAACUCUGUUCUGGUUGGUCAGUCACUGUCAUUCAGGGUGACAGCCAGUGACCGACGCACUUCCACAUCAUUGAACAUUGUUCCAUCCAAUUGGCAAUUUGGACAAACUUUCACUGGGAAGAAUUUCAGGGUCUAGUAAUGUUUGAUUUGAAUUUUUUAUUGGAAUGUGGAUAGGAGGGAGGAAAAAAUGGGAGAGUGAGGUAAAGGAAUAUUAUGAUAGUGACUAGGGAACCUUUUUAGACUUUUUUAUUUUUGUCUUGUUUGUGAUAGUGGAGGGAAAUCAACUCAACUAUCUUGGUAUAUGAGAAAUGGAGGGAGGGAAAGGUUAUGUCAAAUUUGUAAUGGGUUGAAGUGGCUUCAAAUUCAUGAUGAGCCCGCAGCUCUUUCUUCCUUUUUAUAAUUAUAUAUAACUAUAUAAUAUAACAAGGUCAAGUGUGUUUAA